AAAUGAGGAUAGUCUAUUUUACAACGUAAUAUCAAGAAAAACUUCCGCUCCUUGGAUGAUACAUAUACGUACUGACUGUUUCUAACUGAAAGAGGAUUGUGACGAGAAACGAGAAUUCAAACUGGUCUUUGUAGUUACCAAUUUCUGUACAGUGUAAAGGUAUAUUUGGAGAAUGGGAGACACUGACGGUAUUUACAAGUUGCGUUGUAAUUUGUACGGCCAUUCUAAAGAUGUAAGAGCAGUAUCUGUAACCCCUGAUGGCCAUGUUCUUACCGCAUCAAGGGAUUCCACUGCUCGGCUGUGGGGUCCUAUGCCUGACAGGGUAGCAUAUGAAGAGAAGCACUCGUAUUCAGGUCAUUCAAGUUAUGUGACAAGCAUUUGUGCCAUACUUAAUGACAGCAGUCACCCAGAGGGUCUUGUUGCCACAGGGUCACGUGAUACCACUAUUCUUGUAUUCAGUUUGAAUGGUGGUCAGCCAGUGCAUACAUUAACGGGGCAUGCAGAUACAGUAUCAUCUUUAUGUUGGAGUGAUGGCAUACUUGUCUCUGGCUCUUGGGAUCACAGUGCCAGAAUGUGGAAAGACUGGGAGUGUGUAAAAGAAAUGAAGGAACACUCAGGACCCAUUUGGUCAGUUGCUGUUCCUUGUAAACCUGAACAAGGGCCUUCAAGCCAGUCCCCUUCAAUCCUAACAGCUUCAGCUGACAAAACCAUCAAGUUGUGGAAAGAGGGAAAAGUUUGUGUUACUUACAAUGGUCAUAAAGACUGUGUGAGAGACAUAGCUGUAUUGAAUGCUGAUCAAUUUUUGUCUUGCUCAAAUGAUGCUAGUGUCAUACUGUGGGCCAUAUCUGGGGAGUGCCUAUCCACUUUCUAUGGACAUACAAAUUUCAUAUAUUCGAUUAGCAUAAUUGGAAAUGGUGAAGGAUUUGUUACGGGAGGAGAAGACAGGACAUUACGUGUAUGGCAGGCAGAUGGCAACUGUGUUCAAACUAUACAUGUACCAGCACAAUCAGUUUGGGCUGUAAGAUCUUUGCCAAAUUCAGAUAUUGUUUGCGGAACAAGUGAUGGCAUGUGUAGAAUCUUCUCUUCUGUGAAGGAUCGACAAGGAGAUGAAGGAGAUCAAAAGGAAUAUGAAGAAAGUGUUGCAAAAUCUACAAUGGCAAUUGGGGAUGUGGGGGGCAUAAAAAAAUCAGAGCUUCCUGGUAAAGAAGCUUUACUUGCUCCUGGGAAACGUGAUGGGCAUACCAUGAUGGUCCGUGAAGGUGACAAAGUAAAUUGCUACUCAUGGUCUGUGGCAAACCAACAGUGGAUGCCAGUUGGAGAAGUAGUGGGUGGUACAGGAGGAUCUCAGGAAACAUCAGGGAAGGUAUUAUAUGAAGGUAAAGAGUAUGAUUAUGUAUUUGAUGUAGAAAUUGAUGAAGGGACUCGACUUAAACUUCCUUUCAAUGUUAGAGAAGACCCCUAUUAUGCUGCUCAGCGUUUCAUUCAUAGACAUGAAUUGCCUCAAGAAUUCUUAGACCAGGUAGCAACAUUCAUCAUCAACAAUACAAAGGGAAUAACUUUAGGAGUAGAAGGACAGAAUCAUUUUAGUGAUCCUUUUACUGGUGGGUCACGGUAUACUCCAGCGGGAUCUGAUUCUUUAACAGGUGGUAGAUUGCAUUCAGCAAGUUUAGGUUCAGAUCCAUUUACUGGAUCAAGUAGUUAUGCUACAAGCAGUACAGCAGCAUCGUCCUCGCAUGUAGACUCUCAUUUUUUCCCUCAGUUAUUACCCUUGAAAUUCGAGUCAUGCAAUACAGCUGGAAUUCUAACAAAAUUAAUUGCUUCAAAUGCUAUGGUGCCUCCUGAAGGCAAGCUAACAGAUACAGUUCUUGAAAAUUUAGUUAGUACUGUGUCUAGUGAUGGAAAUAUUGACCCUCACAAAAUAGCCCCUCUUGAAACUGCUCUCCAGUGGCCGGCUGAGUAUGUAUGGCCAGCUCUAGAUGUUUUACGACUAGCCUUACAGUCUGAAACUUUGCAAAAAUCUUGGUUGACUAAAGAUAAAGGUGCUGCCUUGGCAAAUCUUCUCGUACUUUUUGUACGUCCUCCAUCUCAUGUGAAUACCCAGCUAUUAGCUCUCAGAUGUAUUGCUAACAUGGCAUGUCAUGAACCAGGAUGGGGUAUUCUAUCUAUGGUCAGAGAACAGAUAGUUUCAGCAACGGUUGAAGUCUCACCAUAUCCUAAUAAAAAUAUGGAAAUAGCUGCUGCCACUGUUCUUCUUAAUUACAGCGUAAUUCUAAAAAGAGCAGGGAAUCUAGAAAGUCAGUGCCAGGUUCUCAGUGGUGCUGCUGCAAUAGCAAUGUGCGCUAAAGAUCCUGAAGCCCAGUUUCGUUCUCUUGUUGCACUUGGAACACUGCUGUCACAUAACCCAGAGUGUCAGUCUCUUGCCGGAAACCUUGAUAUCAAACCUGUUGUUAAUGCACUUGCUUCUAUUACAUCGCCAUCUAAGGUUGGUGAGUGUGCUGGACAUAUACUGAAGUUACUUUAGCAUAUGUGUGUCAAAUAGUUUGUUGUUAGGAAAUCAUAUUCUUAGCAAUGUAUAUCAAUAUUUGGCACUGACAUAGAACAGUAAAUACAGUUUUAACAGAUUUUCUUUUUCCUUUCAUAUAAAACAUAAUACUUACUUUUGUGCAUUUGCCUGCAAAAUAUUUAUAAUGUAUAUCAUUUACUGUGAUAAACUAUUGUAUAUGAAGUUUCUUAUUGAAAGUUUUGUAAAGUACAUAAGUUUUUGGCUAAUUACUUUAAUUGAAGUAAACUGGUGAAAAAUGUGUGGUGUAUUUUAUACAAUGCUUGUUCAUGCAGUAUUUUACAUUGAAUGCAUAAAACUGUUCUUCAGUGUUGUGUAUGGCAUUGAUGUAUCAUAAACUUUCCUCGAAAUGCUGAAGAAAAUGAUGUUUUAUUGAAUGAUUGUUGAAGAUGAGUAACAUUAAGCAGGGGGAAGAAUUUAGAAGAAUAAUAUUGAUUAUAAAUAAUAUCAAUCAUAUGAAGAACAGAACUUGUAGUUAUUUAAUAACAAACAAUAGUGAACACCAACAAGAGACUAGCAAUGUUGAUAAGAAAAUAUUUUAGUAAUUGAGAACGUGGACCUAGGACCAGGUAGUGGCUUAUGGCCUUCGACAAGGUCACUUUACUAUUCAGCACAUUAUUGUGCCUGCUUUUAUUGAAUAAAGGCAAAGUAAGAAGUUAUUACAUGGUUUUCCAGAUAAAACUUUGAGGUAAUAUCUAUAGAUAAAAUUAUAAUGUAAUAAAAUUACAAACACCAUUUGUAUAGUAAAGAAGUAAUUUUCCACAGGAAACAUUACUUUAUACACCAUAUUUAGAUAUCUUGCUAUGCCAGAAAUUUCAGCUCACAAAUCCAUCAGACAGUCAUAGUAAAGAUUUUAAAGGCAAAAUUGACAUUUUUAUUGCACUAUUCCUGCAUGAAAUUCCUUGUCAGAAUUUAUGGGAAAUCUUAGUUUUUUAUCAUAAUGAUAUAAUAUACUAAUAGACUUGGCUCUUCAUCAGAUGAAGUUGCUAACAAACUCUUAAAAGCUGGGAAAGAAAGUCAUGUUUCAGUUUCUUGAUAAAAGGUGGCAGUUAAAUAUAAAGGCAUAUUUUUCUAUACAAACAUUAAAACAUCUAUGCAUUAUGAAAAAUGACAAUUAUACGUGAGAGAAUUAAACUCCAAAUCUCUAGGAAAGUUAAAUUUUUCUUCCAAAUUGUAAACACAUAGCUUUACUGACCCAACUAUUUGCAUCAUUAUAAUGCCAUCAAUAAAGAAAAUUGAAUGUAAAUAUGUUGUUAAAUUUUUCACAAGUUCGAAUGAACAGAAAAUGUUGAGGAUUGACAAAUUUGCAUUAAAGUUUUAUGUACAAGAAUGUUAUUGGUGGCUAACAGUAAUUAAGAAAGCCACAUAUAAUAUGGGUCAAUUUUUUAUUAUAGCAUUAAAUUCUGUACAUCGUAAGAUUUUGUUGUAUGGGAUGUCAAUGAAGUUUCCAUGAUUCAAACAAGGUAAGCUGGUAUUACUUUGGUAUUUCUUCGUCAUAUUAAUUUAAACACCAUCAAUUUGCUGUUGCUUGUUUUAUGUGGUUAAUGGUCCUCAGACAUACCCCAAGAAAAAUAAUGCUUCUACCUGGUCAGGUGUGUAUCCAGGAUACUCGCAGCCCCCUGAUAGCUGUUGCUCCGUGUGUGCUUUGCAGUGCAAUAUUCUUCUUAACUGUUUGCUCUCAGAUAUGACUAUUUUUAUUUAUAUAAUUAUUGAUAUUUAUAUACUUUUCAUCUACAUAUUUUAACCUACAGAGGCCGGAAGUUGUAAAAUAUUGUUGGUGUAGCUCCCAAUUUCUGUAAUUGCACCGUCUGUUUUUCAUUAUAGACUAUUACUUAA